AAGCACCUCAUCGACUGCAUGGUCAGCGGGAGCAAGUCUCCGAACAAGGAGGGGUGGGUCCACGGCGGCCAUGAUCUCCCACUGAGCUUCAGCUACGUCUCAUCCAACAACGACGAUUUCAGUGGCAGUUACCAGACCAACGAGAGUGAUCGUCACAGCGCCAACAGGAAGCUCUCCACUUCGGUGUUCGAGUGCUCGUCGCACGACGUGCUGGAAAACGCACCGGAGACGACCCUCGGCGCAGCCGCCCUGGCAUCGCACUCCGCGAACCUCGUCGUCUUCGCCGAGAAGCUCGCCAUCUCGCCCCGGCACAUCUGCCCCGACGAGAGGGAUGCGCUGUACGGCAUGCUGACUGACAGUAUCCGGGCGUCCCUCCGAGCACGCCUAAGGCCGCCGUCGUCCGCAGCUCGGAAGAAGGGCACGCCCUGCGAUCGCGUCCUGGCCGCCGGGUGGGCUGACACGGUGCAGGGGAUCCUCGGAUGGCUAGCACCGGUCGCCCACAACACUGUGCGGUGGCGGUCCGAGAGGAGCUUCGAGCAGCGGAACGUCGGCUCCGGCACGAGCGUUCUGCUCCUGCAGACGCUGCACUUCGCUGACCGGGACAAGACCGAAGAUGCCAUCAUCGAGCUGCUUGUUGGGCUGAAUUACCUGUGGAGAUACGGGACUCAGCUCUCCGCAAAGCCAAAAUUGGAGUCAGUGGGUGGCGAUGUUUACCAUGAUCGAGCUGAUUACAUAGGAUGACGACAUGUGAAUUACUCAAUCAGCAUAUCUGUCUUGUCAAGUGUCAGCCGAAUUGGAUGAUCUGAGAGUGUUUAUAUUAAGUAAAGGUGGCAUCUUUUGGGCGAAGAGAUUAGACGCCUUGGUG